AUGGAGGACAAGCCCCGGAUAAGCCCCACGGCUUCCAAUACGACGUAUCACAGCUUCAACGACAUUGAGCUGCAGGAGCCGCCUUCGCCGCCCCGGACGCGGGACUCGACCCGUGGGUACGGCUACGACGCAGACUCUCCGCCGAACCACGACAACGCGGAGCAGGAAUUCGCCGCCGUCAAGAUGCAACGCAAGGACUCUGGAUACGGAUCGAACACGGCCAGCCCGAGGACCUCGUCUUCUCGCUCACGGCCGCCGACGUCUCCCACGAGGCGUACCUCUAAUCCGGGCCAACAACCAAAGUCACCCUCCAGCCCGCCUCUGCGUCCCCGAGCACGGCCGUCGACUCGCCGCGCGGCCAAGUCGUAUCCGCAACCCAGCGCCCAGCCCUUGUUUCAAGCGCGCGUCCCUGCCGUCGGCACGUCGAAGCAGCAGCAACAGCAGCAGCAGCAGAUUGCCUUCUUUCAGUUCCCGACGCCUGACCUUGUCGAGCUCACCGAGGCCGGAGCCACAUCAUCUUCGGCUUCGUCCACGCAUCGCCACCACCACCACCUUCACCACGAGGAGCACCGCCAUCUGCACCACGAGGAGCAAGAAGAGGACCUUGCGACCUCUUCUGGACCGCCACAGACGACGCACUACUGGACCAGCGACAGCACGCGGCGGCUAGAGUACGCAGCCAUCGACGCCGCGAGCCGCGGCUUUACCGGCUGGGUGCGCAGGCACCUCGUACCGGACUGCUUCAGUCCGCGGCAACACGUCGCCUUCGACGAUGACACAGGCAGCGUGCGCCGGUACCGGCUCGAGCUCGAGGACGAGCACGACGACCACUGUGGUGGCAGCAACGGCGCGGAGAAGACGCAUCACGGCGUGGACGGCCACCGACGACGCAAAGGCUGGUCUCUCUGGCCGCUUCGCAAACGCAACACCUUCUAA